CACACAACUCUUGGUGGACAACUCGACCGACGAUGGCGACAUCGAAGGUGUGUGGAAUGUCAGACGCCAGCACAGAGACUGGUGCGGAUUUCAACCCAAGCUUCGAUCGCCACUCGACCAGCGCUGGACAUUGCCUACUCUCUGACUUCGAGGUGGACUUCAUCUCUGGUUUGAUCUGUGACACCGGCUACUCUCUCGUGGAGGACAGCAUGACCACCACAGCUCCAAUUCGAAAGAAGACCCGUACCUCUUCGGCAUCCAAGGUCGACCUCAACCUCAUCAUACCUUCCUGUCAGAGGCGUUCAUGCACUACAACUAGUAAGUCCGAGGCUACCCCAAGCAGCUCUUCAGGGUCUCGUAGUACUAGUACGCCUGAGAAGACGUCUAGACGAGGUAGAAAGAAGACUGCUGCUGUUGGUGGUGGUGCUCCUCGUGCUUCGGGUAUGCCCGAGUUCGAGCGUAAUGAGUACCGGAGGUUGGUCCAGCACAUGGUACGCAUGAACAAGGAGUUGGCUGCGCCUUUCAUGAAGCCUGUCCCCAAAUGGGUUCCUGGUUACUACGAGGUGAUCACUAUUCCAGUCGAUAUAUCGAUGAUACUCAAUCGGCUCGACUCUUGGUUUUACGCAUCCCGUGCUGAUUUCGAAGCCGACAUGAGGCAGAUGUUCGUCAACGCCUACACCUUCAAUCAGCCCGGGUCUCUUGAGUACGAGUACGCCCUCGAGCUCCACUCUAUCUUCAACACAAUGAUGUCGACUGCUCUUGACAAGGUAUUGCAGCACCUGGCGGAAGAGCACGAGAAGGAAGUCCGAUCCACCACGAGUAGUGGUCGGAAACGUAAGCGACGAUCGACGUGA